AUUCAUCAUGACUGACGCCCCCCUCAUUCCUCUUGCGCAGUACAUCAUCGAGCGCUUCAAGCAGCAGGGCGUGAAGCAUCUCUUCGGAGUGCCGGGAGACUACCAGCUCGAGCUGCUCGACUACUUUGAGCGUGACCCCGAAAUCGAGUGGGUCGGCAAUGCGAACGAGCUCGGUGCUGCAUACGCGGCGGACGGGUAUGCGCGCGUGCGCAACGGUAUGGCUGUGUGCGUGACCACCUUUGGCGUGGGCGAGCUCAGCGCGCUGGGCGGUAUCGCUGGUGCGACGGCCGAGCGCCUCCCAGUCGUUCACCUCGUGGGCUCGCCCCGCUCGCCGCUCCAGAAGGCCGACGCCCUCGUCCACCACACUAUGAACCUCCCCGGCGGGCAGUACGGGCGGUUUUACAAGAUGAGCGAGCAGAUCUCAGCGGCGACCGUUGUGCUCAUCAACGAGCCCGACGAGGGGCUGACGGACGCCGUGGACCGCGCGAUCCGCACCUGCGUCGUCGAGGGCCGCCCCGUCUACCUCGACGUGCCGCUCGACUACAACCACCGUGAGGUGAGCGCUGCGCCGCUGUCUACGCCGCUCCCCAAGCUCGGUGAGCCCAAAGACUUCGCCGCCAUCCCCCGCACCCUCAUGCUGCCGCCACUGGACAGCAUCACGGCGCAGGUGACGGACGCGAUCGUCGCCGCCUUCGAGAAAGCCCAGAACCCCGUCAUCUUGGCGGACCUGUACGCCGAGCGGUACGGCCUGCGGAAGGAGGUGCGUGCGCUCGUCAAGGCCGCGAACGUGCGCGCGUUCUGCACGCCCACGUCCAAGUCGCUCCUCGACGAGCAAGACCCCAGCUUCGGCGGCGCGUACGGUGGCAACAUGAGCGUGGACGCGUGCGCAGCCGAGUUUGAGGCCGCCGACUUCGUCCUCUGGAUCGGUGCCAUGAAGAGCGACACCAACACGGGCCGCUUCUCUAUGCGCGUCCCGGCCUGCAGCGUCGAAAUGUACGUCGACAACACCAAGAUCGGCGCCGCCGAGUACCCUGGCACGGACAUGCGUCGCAUUGUGCCUGAGCUCGUCAAGCGCCUCGGCGGCGUGGCCAAGACGGCCGCGCUCAAGCCCAACCCCGACGUCUCCCUCCCCGUGACGACCAAGGCGCAGGGCGACGCGAUCAUCUCGCAGGACUGGAUGUGGAGCCGUUUCGGCGCAUGGCUGCAGGACACAGACGUCGUCCUCGGCGAGAUGGGCACGUCGGCGUUCGGCCUCGUGCCCAUCGCCCUCCCCUCCAACGCCCAGUACCACAGCCAGUGCAUGUGGGGCGCAAUCGGGUGGAGUGUGGGCGCGGCACUGGGCGCGGCGCUUGCUGCCCGCGAAGCCGACCCGGCUACGCGCACGGUCCUCUUCGUCGGCGACGGCUCGCUCCAGCUCACGGUGCAGGAGAUCGGGACGAUGGUGCGCCGCGGCUUGACGCCAUACAUCUUCGUGCUCAACAACGACGGGUACGAAAUCGAGCGCAUCAUCCACGGCCCAGAGAUGAAGUACAACGACAUCGCCAACUGGGAUUACACGAUGAUGCUGCCGCUGUUUGCGGGGCGCACAGGCAUCAAGCAUGAGACGCACAGCGUCAAGACCCAGGGCGAGCUGCAGUCGUUGCUCGAGAGCAAGGAGUUCGCCACGCCCGACCGCAUUCGCGUCAUCGAAUUGUUCGUGCCCAAGGGCGACGCCCCACCUGCCCUCGCGCGCAUUCUUCAGCGCAAGAUCUAGCUGUGUACGUUUUGUUGUCUGUGAUAUUAAGGGAACCUCUAUGGAUUAAAUGGAUAUGAUAUGGGGGAGGGAUUAGCCUAACUGGGUGUUUGAGGGAUUGACAGCGAAAUGGUCACUGAUUAUCCUGCGGUUCCGGUGUAAGAAUCAGGAGCGAGCCGUCCAGGGAUGACUGGAAGUUGCAAAAAUGAAUUGUAAGGUCACGACGGGGGUCGAA